AAUAAUUACUUAAUAAGUCUAAGUAGCUGUGUGAAUUAUACUGAAAUGAUUGAAUUUGAUUAUGUGAAUUACCCUCAGCUAUUUGAGCAUUUUAUAGCAGACAUUAAAUUUAUGAAUGCCUCUUAUAACCUUACUUAUUACAUAGGUGCUCUUGCAGUGAUCAUUUUAGCUUAUUUUUAUAAUAGAUUUACAAGAAUCAAAUCUGAAAGCAUAUUACUUGUUCGAAACAUUGGACUUCAAUCAACUGUUUCAUACUACGGAGGCUACGAAAGUUCAAACUUUAUACCCUGGAGUUGCAUACAGGAUGUCGUUAUUAAUGAAGUGAUGCAUUUUCAACAAAUUUUGUACAUAUUAGUUGUUUUGACACACGAUUACAAAAGGAGUGGUAAAGGUGUAGUACCACUUUUUCAGAACACACAACCUAAAUUAAAAAAGUUGGAAGAGAUGUAUCAAUCAAUUAAAAGUUUAAUAUCAAACGAUAAUAUGAUGCAAAGUGGCGAUAAUCCUUAUAUACAUGCACAACAAAUAAAAUUCACCAUUAUAAAAUAAUAUAGUGCUAUUUUUUUACAAUUCUAAAAAUAAUAAAAU